CCCCACCCUUUAUUUUGAGAGACUGAAGAUUUUUUAAUUUUUUUUUAUUUUUUAGAAGCUAUAUUGAUGAGUUAGACUGCUCUUCAGAUGCAGGAAAACGUUUUUCAUUUUAAUAAAGGGGCCAUUUUCACUUCUUCCUCUUGGACAUUUGGGCACGUGGUAGCUCACGUAACGUGCAAGCUACCAGACGUCACCGAAGGCCUCCUGCAUCUGCAGCAUGCAACUGCACGAGCAUCUUUUACCCCACUCAGGAAAGCCCAUGGCUGGCUACAAAGAAAUCGUCUCAAAGACAAACUUUGGCAAAGGAACCUGAUGCUCCAAGCAGGAUGUAUAAAUUAGAGCCAGUUGUGGAUCACAUCACUGCCUAAUUUUACUGAAGAAGUGAAGUUCUUUGAUUCAUAUUUAGAGAUUCUUCAAAUGCAGCACAAAGGCUGAUGCUGGUCUUCGUGGAGGAGGAGUGGUGGCCAUGCUGUUUGACCAGAGGACGCGGGGACUACAGAAUCCUGUCUCCAGCAGACUAUCUGCACUCCAUGGCUUUUCUCAAAUGAAAUACCAAAAAAGAUCAAACAGGGUUCUGGAAAACCACGUCAUACCAAGUGCAGUUGCAGAACCAGGUGGAAGGGUUUGGAUCUGUCUACAGAAGAGGAGGUAUUCCCCGAAGUCAGGAAGUGAGAUGAAGGAGGUGACGGGACCGAGCGAGGGGCCGGGAAAGCUGCAGGACCGGGAUGGGAUCUGGAAGGACACAGAUCUACCAGCAGGCAUUUCUGCAGAAGGCCUGAGGCUCUUGGGACAUUGGAAGACAGUAAGAGUCUUUCAGGCAUUACUGCUGCUGGCUGGACCAGCUGUGGGGAAGGAGGGAGGACUCAACGCUGUUCAAAGCAGUAAGUCCCAGACCAGAUGCCUCCCUAUCCAAGGGGGCCUCUACCUACCUAAUGAAAUGUGUCUCCAAAUUAAUUUUCCUUUGAUGAGGACGAGGCUACAGACAAAAGCAAUACUGGUUGAUGACCCGUGCGGUUCCCCAAAGGCUGAGAUGUGGCUGGUGGGGAGGAGGACAGUGAAGGUCAAAGCUUCUCUAGACACUGUCACACCUGGACUCAGCCUUUGGGGCGUAAAGUGCCCUGCAGUCAUAUAUAACAGCAUGCAAUCUAAAAAGCAAAAAGUAGUGCUAGAAACAGAAAGCAUGUUACCUGUUUAGAAGCAAAGAGGCACAAG